AGAGCGUUCAAACAAACAAACUCUUCAGCUUUAUAUAUUAGUAUAGACAACAUGCAUGAAAAUAAUUGUUUACUUAUUAGGAGAGAAUAACGAACUUAGUAAACGUUGAUAUCAGCUGAAUUGAAGCGCGCAGAAAUUACUCCAAUUGACGUCGGCCCUGUGGAGGCCCUGUGCGUCGGACAAUAGCUCGUUCCUAUAACAAUAGUUACCAUAACAACCGUCAAAAUACUGUUAUUGAAUCCAAAUCUACAAGAAGCGAAAUCAAUUCUCUUUGAGCGAAAUACAAAAUCAAUUUACGUUCGCUCUACAUCGUUCUUUACCAUUGUAAAAAAGCAUACAAAAAGUUAAUUUUCAAAGCGUAUUUUCGAAAGAUGAAUAAGCCUUUAAGCCAAGAAGAUGUGGCAGCUAUGGAGGGACAACUGAGGGAUUCCGUGGAGGAGGAUAGGAAGUACUGGCGAGUGAACAAUGUGAAAUGUGAUGCGAUUUACUCCGCUAAGAACUACGAGGAGUUUGCAGAUCGAGUAGCAGCGGCUCAUCUGCAACCUCUGCAGAGAAGCGACUAUAAGAACAAAACUCCUAAAAGCUGGAACCAAUACGCUACCAAUACUAAAAAUUCGUACAAUGAGUGAUGCGAUAAUUAGCUGUAAAUUUAUUAUGUUUUUUUAUUCACAUAUAUUAGGCUUGUAGUUUUAUAGCUUGUGGAGUCCUUAAAUGAUAUUUGCGGCCUAAAUUAUUUCUUUAUUUUUUUUUGUUUCGUUAACUUUUUAGACUAGUUAUUCGUUAAAUCCAUUUCACUAAUUCAUUAAAUAAAAUUAUUAAGAACAUA